AUGGCAGCUGCUCUGAGUGAGAGUCGUCCUUGGGCUUCGGGACGUGUUGGCGCCCUCUGGAGAACGGCGGGUCUGGAGGCGCCUCUGAUGUGUGUGAAAUGUUCGGAGGAGUGUCAGGAGAUGCAAGUCACGGCGGGUCGGCCGCAGCCGCUCCAGGCCGGGUCGAGGCUCGUAUAUAAGGGCGAGUGCGCUCGGCUGAGCCAAGUUGAGGUCCAGUCACCCCGCCGGCAGCAUGGUAAGGCGGACUCCAGACCUCUUGCAGAAUGCAUGUCAGUGUUGUGCUUUCACUUACUGCCAAAAAGGGUGAUUUUAGGGCUGGCGGUUGCCUCGCUGGCUACGUGCUGCCUUGCUUCCUACGGCAGCGGGGGCGGAGGCGGAGGAGGAGGGGGAGGCGGCGCCGGGGGGGCAGUCACCAUAAGCAUCGGAUACUCCGGCCCUUCGCGAGGAGGCGGAGGAGGAGGCGGCUCGCUUGGCAGAACCUAUUCAGCGCCUUCAGGAGGUGGAGGUGCAGGUGGUUCCAGUGGAGGUGGAAUAAGUGGAAGCUACUCAGCACCUGGAAGUGGAGGUUCCAUUGGAGGUGGAUCAUUAAGUGGAAGCUACUCAACGCCUUCUGUGGGUGGAGGUGGAGGCUCCAUUGGAGGUGGAUCUCUGAGUGGAAGCUACUCAGCGCCUUCUGUGGGUGGAGGUGGAGGCUCCAUUGGAGGUGGAUCUCUGAGUGGAAGCUACUCAGCGCCUUCUGUGGGUGGAGGUGGAGGAGGUGGUUCCUUCGGAGGUGGAGGUGGAUCUCUAAGUGGAAGCUACUCAGCACCUUCUGUGGGUGGAGGUGGUUCCUUCGGAGGUGGAUCUCUAAGUGGAAGCUACUCUGCGCCUUCUGGAGGUGGAGGCUCCAUUGGAGGUGGAUCUCUAAGUGGAAGCUACUCAGCGCCUUCUGUGGGUGGAGGAGGUGGUUCCUUCGGAGGUGGAGGUGGAUCUCUGAGUGGAAGCUACUCAGCGCCUUCUGUGGGUGGAGGUGGAGGAGGUGGUUCCUUCGGAGGUGGAGGUGGAUCUUUGAGUGGAAGCUACUCAGCGUCUUCUGUGGGUGGAGGUGGAGGCUCCAUUGGAGGUGGAUCUCUGAGUGGAAGCUACUCAGCGCCUUCUGUGGGUGGAGGUGGUUCCUUCGGAGGUGGAGGUGGAUCUCUGAGUGGAAGCUACUCAGCGCCUUCUGUGGGUGGAGGUGGAGGCUCCAUUGGAGGUGGAUCUCUGAGUGGAAGCUACUCAGCGCCUUCUGUGGGUGGAGGUGGAUCUCUGAGUGGAAGCUACUCAGCGCCUUCUGUGGGUGGAGGUGGUUCCUUCGGAGGUGGAAGUAGAUCUCUGAGUGGAAGCUACUCUGCGCCUUCUGUGGGUGGAGGUGGAGGCUCCAUUGGAGGUGGAUCUCUGAGUGGAAGCUACUCAGCGCCUUCUGUGGGUGGAGGUGGUUCCUUCGGAGGUGGAGGUGGAUCUCUGAGUGGAAGCUACUCAGCGCCUUCUGGAGGUGGAGGCUCCAUUGGAGGUGGAUCUCUGAGUGGAAGCUACUCAGCGCCUUCUGUGAGUGGAGGUGGAGGAGGUGGUUCCUUCGGAGGUGGAGGUGGAUCUCUGAGUGGAAGCUACUCAGCGCCUUCUGUGGGUGGAGGUGGAGGUGGAUCUCUAAGUGGAAGCUACAAAGCACCUUCUAUGGGUGGAGGUGGUUCCUUCGGAGGUGGAUCUCUAAGUGGAAGCUACUCAGCACCUUCUGUGGGUGGAGGUGGUUCCUUCGGAGGUGGAUCUCUAAGUGGAAGCUACUCUGCGCCUUCUGGAGGUGGAGGCUCCAUUGGAGGUGGAUCUCUGAGUGGAAGCUACUCAGCGCCUUCUGUGGGUGGAGGUAGAGGAAGUGGUUCCUUCGGAGGUGGAGGUGGAUCUCUGAGUGGAAGCUACUCAGCGCCUUCUGUGGGUGGAGGUGGAGGAGGUGGUUCCUUCGGAGGUGGAGGUGGAUCUUUGAGUGGAAGCUACUCAGCACCUUCUGUGGGUGGAGGUGGUUCCUUCGGAGGUGGAUCUCUAAGUGGAAGCUACUCUGCGCCUUCUGGAGGUGGAGGCUCCAUUGGAGGUGAAUCUCUAAGUGGAAGCUACUCUGCGCCUUCUGCGGGUGGCGGUGGCUCUCUUAGUGGCGGGUACUCAGCCCCUCUGGGUGGCGGCGGCAGCUCCGGGUGGGUACCAAUCACCGGGUCGUCAAGCGCCAGUAUGUAUGGGAAGUGAGAGAGCGAUCCGCCCCAAACGCCGUCUCGGAUCGUGCUUCAUGAAGCAGCACUAGAAAUUUUUCUGUUUUCUCCGUUAAAAGCCUAGUCUCUUUGUUCUUGUUUGGUCUGUGUCUAAUAACUUUUUGUUGUUGUUUAAACGCUUUUUUAUGAAUACAUGUAUUUAAUACACCCUGUA